UCUGGGCGGGUCCGCGGCUCGGCAGCACCAGGCGCCCGGCGGCCGCUGUGCCAGGAGCCCCGCGCUGCCCUCCUCCUCCUGCGCCCCCGCCGCCGCCGCCCCCGGGCUCGGGGUGGCAGCCGCUUCAGCCUCCUCGCAGUCUCUCAGCCCUGGGGCCGCUCAGAUCUUCUGGGGAACUUGGCCGCGCGCGCCCGGGGCCGCCCAGCGCCGGCGCAGGGGAGGACAGGGCGAGGCAGAGCCGCGGAGGGGGCCUGGCCUCCAAGUUCCUCCUCUUAACGACCAGACCCUGAGAAAUUGCAGAAAGUGGGAGAAAGCUUUGAAACAGUCCCCAACUCCCACCAACUCACCCAGACUUCCAAGGGUGGAGAGGAAGCUGCGGGCUAGAGUCCUGUUACCGUGACAACAAGCUUCAGGUUUUCCUUUCAGUCUUGGAAGUGGCCAGGAGGGCUUGAUGAUGCAUAGGGACAGUGAUAGGACAGAGAAUGACUAUAAAGAAUUCAUAAGGCAAAGGCUGUUGAAGUGGGAAGGGACCUUGGAGGUCACGGAGCUCUGCCUUUCCUUUGCUUAAAGGGACCCUUCCAUAAGGAGUGAGGCAAGCAGAGCUGCCGAGAGCCUGCUGACAUGACAUCGGCCACGGAGUUUGAAAACAUGGGCACCCAGCCACCGUACAGCCGGAGCAAUGCCCGCUGGGAGGCCCUGGACGACGAGCUGGAUAAUGACAACAGCUCAGCCAGGCUCUUUGAGAGGUCUCGGAUCAAGGCCUUGGCAGAUGAGCGGGAAGUUGUUCAGAAGAAGACCUUCACAAAAUGGGUGAACUCGCACCUGGCCCGUGUGUCCUGCCGCAUCACAGACCUCUACAAGGACCUGCGGGAUGGGCGGAUGCUGAUCAAGCUGCUGGAGGUGCUCUCUGGAGAGAUGCUGCCAAAGCCCACGAAGGGGAAGAUGCGCAUCCACUGCCUGGAGAAUGUGGACAAGGCCCUGCAGUUCCUCAAAGAGCAGCGUGUGCACCUGGAGAACAUGGGCUCCCACGACAUCGUGGACGGCAACCACCGCCUGGUCCUGGGCCUCAUCUGGACCAUCAUCCUCCGCUUCCAGAUUCAGGACAUUGUUGUCCCAACUCCCGAAGGCCUCGAGACGCGCUCAGCCAAGGACGCAUUGCUGCUGUGGUGUCAGAUGAAGACAGCUGGCUACCCCCAUGUCAGUGUCACCAACUUCACCUCCAGCUGGAAGGAUGGUCUGGCCUUUAACGCCCUGAUACACAAGCACCGGCCUGACCUGAUUGACUUUGAUAAGCUGAAGGACUCCAACGCCCGGCACAACCUGGAGCAUGCAUUUAAUGUGGCCGAGCAUCAGCUGGGCAUCAUCCCCCUGCUUGACCCUGAAGAUGUAUUCACAGAAAACCCUGAUGAGAAAUCUAUCAUUACCUAUGUAGUGGCGUUCUACCACUACUUCUCCAAGAUGAAGGUUCUGGCGGUGGAGGGCAAGCGUGUUGGCAAGGUCAUCGACCACGCCAUUGAGACCGAGAAGAUGAUUGAGAAGUACAGUGGGCUGGCCUCAGACCUGCUCACCUGGAUUGAGCAGACCAUCACUGUCCUGAACAGCCGCAAGUUUGCCAACUCCCUGACUGGUGUCCAGCAGCAGCUGCAGGCCUUCAGCACCUACCGCACCGUGGAGAAGCCACCUAAGUUUCAGGAGAAGGGGAAUCUGGAAGUCCUCCUUUUCACCAUCCAGUCCCAGAUGAGAGCCAACAAUCAGAAAGUGUACACACCACAUGAUGGGAAACUGGUGUCUGACAUCAACCGGGCCUGGGAAAACCUAGAGGAAGCCGAGUAUCGGCGGGAGCUGGCCUUGAGAAAUGAGCUCAUUCGGCAGGAGAAGCUGGAGCAGUUGGCCCGGCGCUUUGACCGAAAGGCCGUGAUGAGAGAGACGUGGCUCAAUGAAAACCAGCGCCUUGUGGCCCAGGAUAACUUUGGCUAUGACCUGGCAGCCGUGGAGGCUGCCAAGAAGAAGCAUGAGGCCAUCGAGACCGACACAGCUGCCUAUGAGGAGCGGGUGAGGGCCCUGGAGGAUCUGGCCCAGGAGCUGGAGAAGGAGAACUACCAUGACCAGAAGCGCAUCACGGCCCGCAAGGACAACAUCCUGCGCCUGUGGAACUACCUGCAGGAGUUGCUGCGGUCUCGGCGCCAGAGGCUCGAGACCACCCUGACGCUGCAGAAGCUCUUCCAGGACAUGCUGCACAGCAUUGACUGGAUGGACGAGAUCAAGGCUCGUCUCUUGUCUGCCGAGUUUGGGAAGCACUUGUUGGAGGUGGAGGACUUGCUACAGAAGCACAAGUUGAUGGAGGCUGACAUCGCCAUCCAAGGGGACAAAGUGAAGGCCAUCACUGCAGCCACCCUACAAUUCACUGAGGGGCAAGAGUACCAGCCUUGUGACCCCCAAGUCAUCCAAGACCGGGUCAGCCACCUGGAGCAGUGCUUUGGGGAGCUGAGCGACAUGGCAGCUGGGAGGAAGGCCCAGCUGGAGCAGUCCAAGCGGCUGUGGAAGUUCUUCUGGGAGAUGGAUGAGGCUGAGAGCUGGAUCAAGGAGAAGGAGCAGAUCUACUCCUCCCUGGACUAUGGCAAGGACCUGACCAGUGUGCUCAUCUUGCAGCGCAAGCACAAGGCCUUUGAGGAUGAGCUCCGUGGGCUGGACGCCCACCUGGAGCAGAUCUUCAGCGAGGCUGAGGGCAUGGUCGCACGUAGGCAGUUUGGACACCCUCAGAUCGAAGCCCGCAUCAAGGAGGUAUCGGCCCAGUGGGACCAGCUGAAGGAGUUGGCUGCCUUUCGCAAGAAGAACCUCCAGGAUGCUGAGAACUUCUUCCAGUUCCAGGGUGAUGCAGAUGACCUGAAGGCCUGGCUGCAAGAUGCCCACCGGCUGCUCCCAAGUGAAGAUGUGGGGCAAGAUGAAGGAGCCACCCGGGUCCUUGCAAAAAAGCACAAGGACUUCCUGGAGGAGCUGGAGGAGAGCCGCGGGGUGAUGGUACACCUGGAGCAGCAGGCCCAGGAAUUCCCCCAAGAGUUUCGGGACUCCCCAGAUGUGACCAAUCGGCUGCAGGCCCUCCAGGAGCUCUACCAGCAGGUGGUGACCCAGGCGGACCUGCGGUGGCACAGGCUGCAGGAUUCCCUGGACCUGUACACAGUGUUUGGGAAGACGGACGCCUGUGAGCUCUGGAUGGGUGAGAAGGAGAAGUGGCUGGCCCAGGUGGAGAUACCUGACACCCUCGAGGACCUGGAGGUCAUUCAGCAUAGGUUUGACAUCCUGGACCAGGAGAUGAAGACUUUGAUGGCUCAGAUCGAUGACGUGAACCUCGCUGCCAACAGCCUGGUGGAGAGUGGCCACCCACGCAGCGGGGAAGUGAAGCAGUACCAGGACCACCUGAACAGCAGGUGGCAGGCGUUCCAGGCCAUGGUGUCAAAGCGGCGGGAGGCAGUGGACUCGGCCCUCCGGCUGCACAACUACUGUGUGGACUGCGAGGAGACCAGCAAGUGGAUCCUGGACAAGACACAGGUGGUGGAGUCCACAAAGGACCUGGGCCGGGACCUGGCAGGGAUUAUCGCCAUCCAGCGGAAGCUGUCGGGGCUGGAGCGUGACGUGGCCGCCAUCCAGGCCCGGGUGGGUGCCCUGGAACGUGAGUCGCAGCAGCUGAUGGAGUCGCACCCUGAGCUGAAGGAGGACAUCGGCCGGCGGCAGGCGUACGUGGAGGAGCUAUGGCAGGGCCUGCAGCUUGCCCUGCAGGGCCAGGAGGCCUCCCUGGGGGAGGCCAGUGAGCUGCAGGCCUUCUUGAAGGAAUUUGAUGACUUCCAGGCCUGGCUGUCCAUGGCGCAGAAGGCGGUGGCCUCCGAGGACACCCCCGAGUCCCUCCCAGAAGCCGAGCAGCUCCUGCAGCAGCACACAGCCAUCAAGGAUGAGAUUGAUGGGCACCGGGAGAGCUACCAGCAUGUCAAGAUGUCUGGGGAGAAGGUGAUCAGUGGCCAGACGGACCCGGAGUACCUGCUUCUGGGCCAGCGGCUGGAGGGCCUGGACACUGGCUGGGACGCCCUGUGCCGGAUGUGGGAGAGCCGUGGCCGCUCCCUGGCCCAGUGCCUUGGCUUCCAGGAGUUCCAGAAGGAUGCCAAGCAGGCUGAAGCCAUCCUCAGCAACCAGGAAUAUACUCUGGCUCACGUGGAGCCCCCAGACUCCCUUGAAGCUGCAAAGGCUGGGAUCCGGAAAUUUGAGGAUUUCUUGUUGUCUAUGGAGAACAACCAGGAUAAAGUCCUAAGUCCCGUGGAGUCUGGAAACAAGCUGGUAGCUGAGGGAAACCUCUACGCAGACAAGAUCAAGGAGAAGGUGCAGCUGAUUGAGGACAGGCACAAGAAGAACCAGGAUAAGGCCCAAGAGGCCUCGGACCUUCUAAGAGACAACCUGGAGCUGCAGAACUUCCUCCAGAACUGCCAGGAGCUUAGUCUCUGGAUCAAUGACAAGCUGCUGACAUCUCAGGAUGUCUCCUAUGAUGAAGCGCGAAACCUGCACAACAAAUGGCUGAAGCACCAGGCAUUUGCGGCAGAGCUGGCUUCCCACCAAGGGUGGCUGGAGAACAUCGAUGCAGAAGGAAAGCAGCUGAUGGAGGAGAAGCCCCAGUUUACAUCCAUCGUGUCCCAGAGGCUGGAAGCCUUGCACCAGCUCUGGGAUGAGCUGCAGGGCACCACGCAGGAGAAGACGCAACAGCUCUCAGCCGCCAGGAGCUCCGACCUGCGCUCGCAGACCCACGCAGACCUCAACAAGUGGAUCAGCGCCAUGGAGGACCAGCUGCAGUCUGACGACCCGGGCAAGGAUCUGACCAGCGUCAACCGGAUGCUGGCCAAGCUGAAGCGAGUGGAGGACCAGGUCAAUGUGCGGAAGGAGGAGCUGGGGGAGCUGUUUGCCCAGGUGCCCUCUCUGGGAGAAGAGGCAGGUGAGGCAGACUUGAGCAUUGAGCAGCAGUUCCUGGACCUCCUGGAGCCCCUGGGAAGGAGGAAGAAGGUGCUGGAAUCCUCCAGAACCAAGCUGCAGAUCAGCCGGGACUUAGAGGAUGAGACGCUCUGGGUGGAGGAGAGGCUGCCACUGGCCCAGUCAGCCGACUAUGGCACCAAUCUGCAGACGGUACAGCUCCUCAUGAAGAAGAACCAGACACUGCAGAACGAGAUCCUGGGCCAUGCACCACGGAUCGACGAUGUGCUACAGAGGGGGCACCAGCUGGUGGAGGCGGCAGAGAUCGACUGCAAGGACAUCGAGGAGCGCCUGGGGCACCUGCAGGGCUCAUGGGAUACGCUGCAGGGGGCAGCAGCCGGGCGGCUGCAGCGCCUGCGGGAUGCCAACGAGGCACAGCAGUACUACCUGGACGCGGGGGAGGCCGAGGCCUGGAUCGGCGAGCAGGAGCUCUAUGUCAUCUCCAACGAAACACCCGAGGAUGAAGAGGGGGCCAUCGUGAUGCUUAAGCGGCACUUGCGGCAGCAGCGCACCGUGGAGGACUAUGGGAGGAACAUCAAGCAGCUGGCCAGCCGGGCCCAGAGCCUACUGUCUGCAGGCCACCCUGAGGGGGAACAGAUCAUCCGACUUCAGGGGCAAGUGGACAAGCAUUACGCAGCGCUGAAGGACUUCGCAGAGGAGCGCAAGCGGCAGCUGGAAAACAAGUACCACCUGUUCCAGCUGAAGAGGGAGGUCAACGACUUGGAGCAAUGGAUUGCAGAAAAGGAGCUGGUGGCAUCUUCCUCAGAAAUGGGGCAAGACUUUGACCACGUCACUCUGCUCCGGGACAAGUUCCGGGACUUUGCCCGGGAGACGGGGGCGAUCGGGCAGGAGCGGGUGGACAACGUGAAUGCCGUCAUCGAGCGGCUCAUCGACGCGGGCCACGACGAGGCGGCCACCAUCGCCGAGUGCAAGGACGAGCUGAACGAGACGUGGGCGGACCUGCUGGAGCUCAUCGACACGCGCAUGCAGCUGCUGGCCGCCUCCUACGACCGGCACCGCUACUUCUACACGGGCGCCGAGAUCCUGGGCCUCAUCGACGAGAAGCACCGUGAGCUGCCUGAGGACGUAGGGCUGGACGCCAGCACGGCCGAGUCCUUCCACCGCGUGCACACGGCCUUCGAGCGGGAGCUCCACCUGCUGAGCGUGCAGGUCCAGCAAUUCCAAGACGUGGCCACCCGCCUGCAGACGGCGUACGCAGGGGAGAUGGCAGAUGCCAUCCAGAGCAAGGAGCAGGAGGUGUCUGCCGCGUGGCAGGCGCUGCUCGAUGCCUGUGCCGGGCGCCGGACCCAGCUGGUGGACACGGCAGACCAAUUCCGCUUCUUCAGCAUGGCCCGCGACCUCCUCUCCUGGAUGGAGACCAUCAUCCGGCAGAUCGAGACCCAGGAGAAGCCCAGGGAUGUCUCUUCUGUGGAACUGCUCAUGAAGUACCAUGAGGGCAUCAAGGCAGAGAUCGAAACCCGGAGCAAGAACUUCAGCACCUGCCUGGAUCUCGGCAAGUCCCUGCUGCAGCGGCAACACCAGGCCUCGGAGGAGAUCAGACAGAAGCUGGAGCAGGUCGCGUCCAGGCAGGAGGAGAUGAACAGAAAGUGGGAGGCCCGCUGGGAAAGGCUCCGCAUGUUGCUGGAGGUGUGCAAGUUCUCACGGGACGCCUCUGUGGCCGACGCGUGGCUGAAUGCCCAGGAGCCCUACGUGACCAGCCAGGACUUUGGACACACGGUGGACAGUGUGGAGAAGCUGAUCAAGAGGCAUGAGGCUUUUGAGAAAUCCACAGCCACCUGGGAGGAGCGCUUUGCUGCCCUGAAGAAGCCCACCAUGCUUGAGCUAAAAGAACGCCCGAUUCCAGAGAGACCUGCAGAGGAGCCUGGGGCUCAAGAGGAGGAAGGCGAGACGGCAGGGGAGGCUCCCCGAGGUCCCCAUCGCGCAGCCACCGAGAGAACGUCCCCGGGGGAAGAGGAGAGGCCGCGGCCUCGGGACCUGCAGCCGCCGCCACCGCCAGGGCAGCACGAGGAAGGCCAGGAGGAGAACCCCGGGGGGCACGAGAGGCCCUCCACGGAGCCUCUCUUUAAGGUCCUGGACACGCCUCUGAGCGAGGGCGACGAGCCCACAACGCUGCCAGCCCAGCAGGACCACGGGCACAGCGUGCAGAUGGAGGGCUACCUGGGCCGCAAACACGACCUGGAGGGGCCCAACAAGAAGGCGUCCAACAGGUCUUGGAACAACCUGUACUGCGUGCUCAGGAAUAGAGAGUUGACUUUCUACAAGGAUGCCAAGAACCUGGCACUAGGGGUGCCCUACCACGGGGAGGAGCCGCUGACCCUGAGACAUGCCAUCUGCGAGAUUGCUGCCAACUACAAGAAGAAGAAGCACGUCUUCAAGCUGCGGCUGAGUAAUGGCAGCGAGUGGCUCUUCCAUGGCAAGGAUGAGGAGGAGAUGCUGUCCUGGCUGCAGGGUGUGAGCGCCGCUAUCACCGAGUCCCAGAGCAUCCGCGUGAAGGCGCAGAGCCUGCCCCUCUCCUGCAGCACCGGCCCCGACGGCGGCCUCGGCAAGAAAGACAAGGAGAAGAGAUUCAGCUUCUUCCCCAAAAAGAAGUAGCAGUGGGCGGCUCCUCGCGCGCGGGCCGGCCGGGGUGGACUGACGGGCGGACGCUGCGGGGCGCGGGCAUGUGCGGGGAUGAGCGCCCGGGCCCGCCCGCCCGACUGCCGGGCCGGGGCGCCCGCGGACUUGACCUCCGCCGCGGCCGGCGCCCUCCUCCAGCCCGCUGCCCGGGCCGCCCGCUGCCUGCCGCCUGCCUGCUCCGAGUCUCCGGGCCGGCCCGGCCGGGGUCCCGGGACCCCACGCUGCACUGCAAACGCUGCCUUCGUCCGCCGGGCCCGGGCGCCCCCUCCCCGCCCGCCGCGCCGCUCCGGCUUCCCCAGCACGGCCCGACCGAGGGCGAGCGCCGGACUCGGCUCCGAGGAGAGGGGCUCCCCGCUCCUCUGGGACCCUCGGGGCGGGAAGACGGUUCUCCGAGGCACACGCCGUCCUCUCCCCACCCCUUCUACGGAGCUGAAGGUGGGCCAGACCCCUAAGUCCCUUAAAAGCUGGAGAAGGCUGACGGGGUGCCUCAAACGCUGCCCACCCCCCACCCCUGGUCGCCUCCAGGGAAAGGAAAAGGGAAGAGGACACUGUGAAUGCCUGACCUCCUGCCCCCUAAGGACAUGAGGAAGGAGCGUUUAGCUGGGCCCACAGAGCCCUAGCACUGGGCAAGGGGCUGCUGGAGGACCGAGGGGACAGGACAGAAACCAGGGCCUUGGGUGCCCCCCUCACUUCUCCCCCUCUGGGCUUCUUUUGAACCUAGACUCUCACCUCAGGGGCCACCCACAUCCCUUCCUUCCUCCUCCUCCCUUCCCCAACGAGAAAGGGAGAGGGUCCAUGGGUCCCGCUGGGAGCUUCCUGCUGCCUCUAGCACCCUGUGCUAGAACCACAAAUGGUAAAAGGGAGGGUCAGAAAGCUCAAACCGUGGUUAAGAGCUUAGGGCUCAAGGCUCCCAGACCAAGAGGGGCAGAUAGGUCUCUACACUGCCUCAGGCUCUGUCUCUUGACUCUGGGACCCUCCCCCAAGGCCCAGUAGCAACCAAACUAGCAACAUAUGAAUCAGAACCAGGACCCCUUAGGGUCACAGUGGAGGUCCCUAAAUAUAAGAUGGACAGACACCCCAGCAGCAGCUGGAGUGAAGCAUCCCCAAACCAAAUGGCCAAUUGUGUUGUCUGCAGCUGGUACUCUAUUAGGGAAUCGGCUGGACAGACAGCAGAGUUUACCAUCCAUCACCCUGGGGUGGGCAGUGUGGCCAAGCCUGGGUAGAUGCAUCACCGCCCAUGUGUCUCAACGACCCCUGGACAGCCGGGGCGGGAGCCACGAGCUGUGGUACUCCCUGAUCAGCCUCUCCUGGCCUCGGGUCUUGGGAAUCAUAUGGGAGCAGACGUCACCAAAUACCUACCACUUCCCAUCCCCAGGCACAGCUAAAAGGGGCUCUGCAACCUCCAUCACCAGGGAUACCUUUCCUCGUGCUGCUAAGGACAGACUUCUAGAGGGAAGAGCCUACUUGUUCCACAAGGAUUUCUCCCAUCACUCCACUCGGAAAGCAAUACAGCUCCAGCCCGGCGUCUUAACUGGGGUUGGGCCCAAAAAGGGGGUCAAGUUGGGGCAGCAGGGAUCUUCCCCAGGGAAGAUGGUAAAGGUCCUGGGGUCUGCAGUUGCUAUUUCCAUCACCUUCCCCAUGAGAAGGGGCCUUAGAUGCCCUGAGAUGAUUUCCAGGGAAGUAGGUGUGGUUCGGGCAUCCACAGGCACUAGGCCUUCCCAGGAACCCUUGGUGCUGAUCAGUGCAGGCACAGCUCAGACAUCAGUGAUCCAAUACUACCCAUAUCCUGUGGUCCUAGCACCAUGUCAGCCAACUUCACGCUCACAUGAAAAGGGCCACAGAAGGGAAGAAAUUAUCUCAUGACAUCUGAGUUCUUCAGAUCAGGUGUUCCCACCUCUGUAGCCAGCGUCUUCAUUUGGCCUCAGUGCAUCUAACCCUGCAGCCCUCUUGGCAUCACAGGACACCCAGUGUGCCAUUCACCUCGUUUUACACUUGGGGAAACCAAGGCAUGAGGCAAUAAAGAAGGCUUCUAUCAGAAGUCACACUGAAGGGAGUGUCCUAAUUUGGAGCAGAGCGGGUUCCUUGCUAAAGGGCAGAUGGUGGCAAAAACCUCUCUCAACUGUUUCCCUGAGCCAGUCUGUAGGAGCCAAGGGAUAAGGGGUUAACUUAUCCCCUCCACAUAUGCCCAAGAAGCACCUAAAGUGAGGGAAUGUCCAGCAGGCAACUCCACAGUCCCAGGGAUGAAAGGGCCCCCAGUGGAAGAGCCAGGAUUUCACACUGCCCCAAGGUCCCUGUGGGCAAGGGCAGCCAGCUGCAUAUAACCCUCCACCCAUCGCCAGCUCCUUAUACAUCCCUCCCAUAUCACACAGGCUCUAAGACGCUCAACCAGCGGGACUGAAACAGCCGUGGGCAAUCCUGAAAUACACUGGGUUAAGCUCACUGUGCCCUGGCAAGAUUGUUCUUUCUUUUCUCCUUGUAUUUUCUACUCUGCAGUCUGGUCUUCAACGGUAUUCCAGUACUAGGUUGACACACCCCCAGUUCACACCAGCAUAACAGGCUUCCUCCCCAGGGCAGUUUUCGAGGAAGCUCCUUCUGGGUGUGGUCAGGCUGUCCUCCUUCCCCUCUCCUUCCCCUGCUUGGGCCCUGGCCUCAAAUGACUCUGAGGAAGACAUGGAGGGUCCUCAGGCUGCCCUCCUCCAACCCCACCUCCACUAACACCGAUAAUGGGAGGCCUGUGGUGGUUCGGCUUCCCCUCCACACCACUCCUCCUCCUGCCUGCCUGUCGCAGGGCAACUGGGGUCCCCUAGGCUGGUCCCAGAUCCUCCUCCUCCCUCAGAGGGAGGGGGUGGAGAGCCAGAGGAAGAGGACAGCAGGCCACAUGGCCUGGUCCCUUGGACAAGCAAGCUCAGGGAGGACCCAAGGGAGGAGGUGGCUGCAGAGGUGCAACCCUGUUGGGCGGAGACCGUGUGAGCUAGGGCUGGCCCUGGGGCCGGCUGGGCCUUGUCCUCCACCUGCUCAAAUGUGCUUCCACCAACCAGAGGAAACCCAUUUACUAGUUUUUCUAAUAAAUCGAUAAUGCUCCAUA